AUGAUUCACCUUGCGGAUUUAUCGAAUCCGACGAAGCCGAUUGAGCUCUAUCGACAGUGGAAUUCGAGGAUCCUCGAAGAAUAUUGGCGACAAGGCGAUCGAGAAAAAGAGCUCGGUAUCGAGGUGUCACCUAUGUGUGAUCGGGGGAAUGUCACCAUCGAGAAGUCUCAGGUUGGCUUCAUCGAUUACAUAGUCCAUCCAUUGUACGAGACGUGGGCCGAUUUGGUAUAUCCAGACGCCCAGAACAUUCUCGAUCAGCUUGAAGAGAAUCGUGAAUGGUAUCAAUCGCGAAUUCCGGAAGAGCCUGAGUCGACUCGUUCCGAAGACUCGUAG